UUGAAAGUAAACACUAUACUUAACAAUAAAAUAGUGGGUAUGUAUGUAAAUUAUGUUAUUUACAACUAUGUUCGAUCAGCAUUCAAAUUUCAAAUAAUCAAAAAAAAUACUGUACAAGUAUACAUUCCAGACAUAAACCUCCCAAAACGUCUGAUAAUUCCUGUUGAUUUUGUCAACUAUGGUCUGCCUCUAAGCGGUUUAGCGUUAGGCCUGUUCUCGGCAUCGAAUAAUUGUAAGGUUUGCCGAUAUGGCUACGAUCAUAGCAAUAGACGUGUCUGUGUCGAUGAUGAGGGACAUCAAGAUUAAAGACACCAAGGAGUCGUUCACUCUGUUACAGUUGGCCAUACACGGCGUCAAUGUCCUAUUAGAUUACUUAGCCGUCCAUUCCAAACAUGAAUUUGUCGCAGUCGUAACAUUUUCCUCGUCUUGUGAAACGCUAUGUACGUUUACAAGAGAUUAUGACCACAUCAAGGCUAAAAUAUCGCAGUUGGAUUUUAAAACCAAUACAAAUUAUAACGCAGCAAUUUUGGGUAUUAAUAGUUUAGUUCACCACGAAUGGUCCAAUUCUGUAAUGUGCCAAGUAAUUAUAAUCACUGACGGCCAUUGUUAUGAAGGCCUUCGAAAGCCGGAAAUGUAUCCAUUUAAAUGUCCCGAAAAACUGGUGGUCAUUCCGUUAGACCAAAAGCCAUCCAUAUAUAAAAAUAUUUACGACACCAACGAAUUACCAAAAGAUAUCGGAACUAUAACACCUCCUGAGUCGCCUCUUUCUCCGUCAUCUGUUGCUAAACUUUUUGAGAAAUUCGCUCAAGAGACAUACAUACCGUAUCAUACAGUACUGCGUUGUGGAAAUUUAAAGUCUGAUGUUCAAUUAAUUCCUCCUCUAACGACACACAAAAGAGUUAAUGAUUUUGAAAUAAUAACUUGCAAGGCUGGAAACGAAUUGAACAUUAUAGGAUUUAUGGAGUCGUCGAAAUUAGAAUGUCCAGCUACAUUGUCUAGACAUUUAGUAUUACCUCGAAAAUCAUCCGACGAUUGUACUGAAAAUGGUGAAUUAUCCUCGAAAGUUCCAUCGUUUUGUGUAUUACUGCACGGAGCUUUAAAAGUAGAAAAUAUGGUAGCAUUUUGUCAACUCGAUACAAAUUGGUUUGGGAUUUUUGUCAGUUGGUCUGAUAAUAAAAAAAAAUCAAAUUUAAUGUUGAUUUCUCUCGAACCCGGAGCUAACGCAAUUCCUUGGUUGGGAGACCUCCGUAGCCUCUCUCUAUCAUCGGUGAUAAUCAAUCAAGAACCUGAUGAACUGCAACCAACAAAAACCGCCGACAAAAGAAGUUACAACCAGUCGCAACUAGUGUGGAUCAAAGAAGCUGGUCUACAAGCUGACAUUCAAAAAAUUCUACGGCAAGCCAGAAAAAUGCCAGACAAAAUUCAAAGUUUUUACAAGGAAUUGAAUCGAAUUCGGAAAGCUGCUAUCGCUUACAGUUUCACAGAUCUGUUGGUCAACAUAGCUGACCUAUUAGAUAUAGAAUGCACCAAUUUACCAGGCAACACGCAUCCGGAUUGUGCAUUGCAGCUGACACACGCUGCCGGAGAAUUACGAAAACCAAACGCCAUGGAUUCUAAAGUCACUAUUCUUCCAUUGGACACCUCUUAUAGAUAACUAUAAUAAUCCAAUGUUAUUCAAUGACACCAGUCAAGUUUUAUUUAAAAAAAAAAUCAAAAUUGAUGAACAUUUUCAGCGACAACAUUUAAAUUAUUAUUAUAUUUUUUUAAAUACUAAGGUUAUAAAUAUUAUUAUUAUCAUAUCGUUGUAUGUCAUUGAUAGGAAUCAAACUUUGUUAAAUUAAUUGUAAAAUUAAUAAUUUCAUUUAAAGAUCCACUGUUUAGAAAGAAACUAUUAAUUAUUAUUUUUUUAUUGUAUUUGUUUGUUUGCUGAAGUCAAUCCAGCAUGACUAUUUCAAGCCAACAUUAGUCAGAAUUCACUUUUAAAACCAAGUACCUAAAUAAAAAAAAUAUUAACACUAUUCAAUUAAAGAAUAUAUUAAAUUUAACAAAAAUCCAAAGUUAUAAUUAACACAUACAUUUGUUCAAUAAAUCCAUUAUUUGAUCAUUAUUUAUUGAAUUGUUUAUACAUAACAACUUAUGUAAAUAGUUUUACCAAAGACAUAAAUGUGUUGGUAUAAUUUGUUGAAAAAAAAAAAUAAAAACCUAAGAAAUGUUUAUGAAUUUGUAUAUAUUAUAUGACUUAAAUUUUGAACAAUGUAGUUUGUAUAUUAUAUAUUUUAUCGAGUAUUGGUAAAACGUUUUAGAAAUAAAUUGAUUGACAUAUUAUAUCACCAAUAACCGUACAAUCUGCUGUUACCAACCAAAUCAGAAGUUGUUAUAAUAUUAGCUUUAGACUGAUUUUGAUAUAAAUCAUAAAACAUUAUCCUUGUGUUCAAAUAUAAAUUAACUAUAAGCUACAAAUAGUAUGUGGAAAGGUGAGAAAUAAAAUUUAGCUUAAUAAUUUAUUGUCUUUACGAUUAAUUGUAUAAAUAUUUUAAUCUUCUUCUAAACUAUAAUU